UCUUACCAAGAAUGCAUGUUUUAGAAAUCAUGGAAAGGCUGAGAGGAAACAUGGACUCCUUCACCUCCCCCGUGAGAACUUCAGACUUUGUUUUAGCCCUGAGAGCCUUUGACCAUCCAUGGAGAAAGCGCUACAUCAGUGACAGUUCUGAGAAGGAGAGAGUGGCCCAGCUGUCGAUGGAUAUGCCAUUGAUGGAUACACCGGAACCCAAACCCAAAUCCCAAGUGCUUGUGAGACACCUGAAGAGUGUGGUGGUCUCUCGUCAUCUACUCCCCUGGAGGAGGAAAGCGAAUGCAGCCCGGGGGAGUCACCGGCCAACAAGGUGAACAGAAAAGACGUCACUCAGCCCGAUGAUGCCUUUCUGGAGGACCUGGAGGCCAUGGAAAGCAUUGCAUCAAGCAGCAAAGAUGAACCGGGCCCGCCUUGGUUUUGCUCAACGCCGAUACAAAUUGCUGAAGGAGGACUCCGAGGGUGACGGCUAUGAGGAGUUUAGGAGGAAGCUUGGCAUGGAACUAACUGAGCCAGUGCCAUGUUGUGAGCGUGAAAAGGUCAUGUGGACUAUUGUGCGUGUUGCUGUUUAUGCUGUCCUUAAUCCCUGUCUUAGGGAAAAGCUUUUUGAAGAUUGUGAGGGCUGUGUCAUAGAUGCGUCAGGCCAGCAGCACUGUGUGACUUGGACUUCGAAGCAUAUAAACUGCAAGCUCCGGGGCCUGUGUCCUGAGCUGUAUUUGGAAAGCUUAUUGAACACUGUUAUUACCAUAGGUUAUGCUGUGCAAUGUCUGUGCCUAACCCAAGAACAUUUAAAGCAAGGGGUGGCCUCGAUAAAUGCUGUGCAAUUCAGUGGAGACCCUGACUGUGUUUUAGAGAAAAUGACCAAACCAGAAGAUGCCGGCUUACAGCGAUAUAUUCACCGUCUGGUCCACACAAAAAGUUAUAGAACACUGCUUAAGAAAAAGACUCUUUGUAAGAAAUGUAAAAGGAUUAAGUUAGAGAAUGGUGAGGGGACAAACAUGCGAUAUAAAACUUGGUAGCUGUAAAUAAAUAAAUUAAAAAUCUAUUGAAAAGGG